GUUGUCAUGGAAAUGGAAGAGGGCUCAGUGUCCACUGUUACCAUGGAGAUCCCCAUCGCUGCAGCAGCUGCCUCAGCGGAGCGAGCUGAGCCGGAGGAGUGUGUUCAGCACCACGGACAGCACCACGUCGCAGCUGCGCUCAGGCACAGAAACUAUCGCAUGUUGAUCGUGAUCGGAGACAUUUCCACCAGCCACCAGCUCGACGACGCCCGGAAACAGAUCACACAAGGUCUGCGCUCGUGGAAUGUUGAUGUGAGCGUCUGUGACCUGAACAAAGAGCUGCAGGAGUUUGAGAGCAGACACACCGCUCAGUUUUCAGCACAGGUCAAAGGCCAGCGGCUGCUCCAGUAUCACAGUGACGUCCUGCAGACGGUGGUGUUGGUGAAUCCGUCAGAAGACGCUGCUGCUUCAGAGAUCCGCUCUCUGAUCACUGACCUUGCCGGGAAUAAGUUGUUGAUCCUCAGUGGGCAGAGCUCAGAGCAGGGAGGUGACGUCCUCCUGCAAAGUGGAGCCUUCACCUGGAAACACUUCUCCGACAUCAUCUCCAACCCUCAAGUGAUCGAAGUCCUGUCCAGGGCGGCGUCAGAGCAGCCGGCCAGGCUUACUGUUUCCUGUCAGGGAGACGGGGGCUGGAGCUCCCUGGGCCAAAGCCAGGAGCAGCAGCCGAUCCAAAACCUUCUGGAAUACCGACUGAACCCCGAACCCCACCUCCCCGACAUGGACGGAGUCACAGAGUUCACUGAGUAUGUCUCAGAGACGGUCGACGUCCCCUCACCCUUCGACCUUCUGGAGCCCCCGACCUCUGGAGGUUUUUUAAAGCUUUCCAAACCCUGCUGCUACAUCUUCCCUGGAGGCAGAGGAGACUCAGCUUUGUUUGCCGUCAAUGGAUUCAAUGUCCUGGUGGAUGGAGGGUCUGAGCGAAAGUCCUGCUUUUGGAAGUUGGUUCGCCACCUUGACAGGAUCGACUCUGUGCUGCUCACCCAUAUCGGUGCAGACAACCUCGCUGGUAUUAACGGGCUGUUCCAGAGAAAGAUCGCUGAGCAGGAAGAGGAGCGUAACCAAGGAUCUGGCUCCAGCAGCAACGGAGACUGGGUGAAGAACCUGAUCUCUCCAGAGCUCGGGAUCGUGUUUUUCAACGUCCCAGAGAAGCUGCGGAUGCCGGAGUCCACGCUGAAGGUGAAGCGAAGCAUUGAAGAAGCGUCGCUUACACUGCAGUACCUCAACAAGCUUGGCAUCACACCAGAGCCUCUUCACAGGGUGGUCAGCAACACCAUUGAACCCAUCACACUGUUCCACAAACUUGGUGUGGGAAAGUUAGACAUGUACGUCUUAAACCCGGUAAAAGAAAGCAAAGAGAUGCAGUUUCUGAUGCAGAAAUGGGCUGGAAACAGCAAAGCCAAGACGGGGAUUACGAUGCCCAACGGAAAAGAAGGGGAGAUAUCUGUUCCCUAUCUGACAUCGGUUACCGCUCUCAUUGUUUGGAUCCCUCACUGUCCAUCAGAAAAGAUAGUCAGGGUGCUGUUCCCAGGAAAUGCACCCCAGAAUAAAAUCUUCGAGGGCCUUGAGAAACUGAAACACCUGGAUUACCUGCGAUACCCAGUGGCGACUCAGAAAGACAUUUCAUCAGGUGCAGCACCUCCCAUCAUCAAACAGACGAAGAUCAGGUCCAGAACUGACAGCAAAGAGAGUCUCAAAUCUUCACCCAAACCACAUUCCAAGGCUGCAAAGAAAGACGCCAGCGGGCAGGAGGAAGAGAAAGGAAGUGACAUCACUAAAGAAAAUAAAGUGGAAAAGAAAGAAGAGAAAAAACUCAAAAGUCUCAAAGCCACCAAACAACAGAAAAACAGUGAAGUGGCUCCUGCAGCCGACAAGAAAGAGAAGAAGAAAAUAUCCAAGGAUAAAACUGCCAAGAAUGAGAAAGUGUCCAAGAUGGAUGAAAAGAAAGACAAAGAGAAGAAAGAGAUUAAAAAAGAGAAACGUGAGAUAAAGAAGGAUGAAAAUAUAAGAAAAGAAGAGAAAAAAGAAAGUAGAGUCAAGGAAGAGAAAAAGAAAGACCCGAGUAAACCCGAGCUGAGAAAAAUCACCAAACCAGACCUGAAGCCGUUUACCCCAGAAGUGAGAAAAACUCUGCACAAAGCCAAGACUCAGGCUAAACCGAAGACAGACAAGAACAAAGCGGUCAAAGAUGAAGCCAAUGAGAGAAGACCGGCUCCAAAGAACGUCCCUGAAGAGGUGGCAGCAGCUGCUCUGGCCGACAGGUCCAUUGUUUCCUCCCCUGAGGACCUGACUGAGGACUUUGAAGCUCUAAAACAACAGGAGCUGUCCAAGACUGAGCCCAUCCAGAAUGAUGUGAUGUCUGAGCAUUCACUAUUUACAGAUACUAAAGCUGAUGAGAAAGUCAAAUCACCAGCUCCUGAGAUUAAAUCUUUUUCACCCAAAUCCCCAGUCAGUCCGGGAGAAGACAGAAACAAAGGCACUUGGGAGGAGGUUUCAGCCACGAAGCAGGAAGCCAGUGAUGCUUUUGACAAGAAGUAUGAAGAGGAGAAGAUGGAGAAAUAUGACAAAUAUCCUAUGAAGGACGACAUAAAAGACAGAUCAAAGAAGAGUGACAGCUCAGAGGAGGAGGAUGAUGUGAUUGAAAAAGCAGAACUUGAAGGAACAGAAGAUGAUGAGUUCCUUAAAUAUAAAACUGAGAAGGCGAAAAACGAAAAACCCGGAAAGGAGUGGGAGACAACAGCAGCUGAACAAAAACCUUUUUCCACCACAGUCGGGCAAACUGCAGCAGCCUCCGCCUCAGAGCAGUUCUCUUUCAUUCACGACGAGACGAUUCCCGGUUACUCCGAGACUGAGCAGACCAUCUCUGACGAGGAGAUCCACGAGGAACCGGAGGACAGGAUCCCUCAGCUGCGCUAUGACGUGGGCUCCUAUGACAUCUCUGUUCCUGAUGUCCCCGGCAGCUUUGACUCCAUACACGGAUUCAAAGAGAUGAAGAGCUCCAUGGUGUCUGAUGUCAGACCCAGAGCGUUCAUGGGCGGUCAAGUGCCCGAGCUUGCACCUUACCCAGCAAUCAUUGCUGCUCCUCUGGCAGAGGAAGAACACAUCUCCUCAGCAACAUCCAUCACAGAAUAUGACAAACUGUCCUCUUUUGCCACAUCUGUGGCUGAGGACCAGUCAAUAGCUUCUGUCACAGCUCCUCAGACUGAGGACGCUGGGAGGACCUCCCUCCUGCUGGACACCAUCAACACUAUCCCCUCACGGGCAGAGGCCGCCCAGGGAAAAGACUAUCUCCACUCAGCAGGAACCAUCUCACCCACCUCCUCUCUGGAGGACGACAAGUGCUUUAAGUCUCCUUCCUCUGAUGAAUACCAGCCCAACAUUGCUGAGCUGGAGGGUGAUGCAAAGAUCAAAUCAGUCCACGAAGAAGAGGAUGAUGAGGAGGACGAGGACGAGGACCAGACUCCCAAUGUUGACAUCCCUCUAGGUAAACUCCAUGAGGGCUACGAACAUGCAGCCUCAAAGAUGCUCCAGGAGAAGGAGAAAUCUCCCUCUGCCAUUUUCUCUCCUCCUCCCUUCACUACUACGCAGUACUCACCCACACAGGCUGUCAGAGACAACCAGGCUCUCUUCAGCACAGAGGGAUUCAAGGCUGCGGCUGAUGUUAAGCCUCUUUCACCUCCUUCGUCUUUCUCCCCUGGGUUAGAGUCCCAGUCCAGGCAGGAGAGUGAGGAGAGAUGUCUAAGUCCAGAUGACAGCACUAUGAGACUGGCCUCACCCACUCAGUCUGUGCCCACAAGCAGCGGUUACUCUCCAACAGAGGACAAACCCUUUAGGACAGAGGACAAAGAGGAGGACGUGACCAAUGUUAAAGCUGACACUCAGAAAACAGAUAAAUCCGUCUCCAUUUCAGACACCUCCUUUAUCGCUGUAACCGGUGACAAGACAGGAUUUGAAGCAUCUGAAGAAUCUGAUGAAGACAUUGAUGAUGAAGAAGACUAUUACGCCAAAAAGGAUUUACAGCCCACUGUUAAGGCAAAACUUAUGGAAGCAAAAGAAGGACGCUUUUUGGAUGACGACUUCUCCCUUGAGGCAAAAUCUGCAGUGACAGAAACAGAAGUCAAGACCUUGGUGAAGACAGAGGUUUCCUUCAGCUCAGAGGUGAAACCAAACCCUCAGGUGGUUUACUCAAAAGACGAAGAAGAUCAAGAUGAGAAAGAGGAUGAUUUCGUAAGGGGGCCAGGAUCAAAGCCCUUAUCAACAGAUCAAAGUGAAGUAGACUCUAAAAAUGACGGUGCAGAGAAAGCCGAUAUAUCUCCAGAGCCUGAGAAAAAUGUUCAUUUCAGUCUUUAUAAUUUCCCAGAGAAGGAGAGCAAAGAAAAGGCCGUGUACAUUAGACAGGACACACCCUAUGUCCAUGGGAAGACAUUCUCUUACAGUGACUUUUAUGACAGCAAAACAAGCUCCGUGGACUCGGAUUCAUAUCGUCAGGAGUCGAUAGACAAGACGGAGAAGGACACUGCCAGGAGCGGAGUGGAUCCCCCCUCCCCGCUGACGUCCACAGUAAAGAUGGUAGAGAAAGAGGAAUUUACGGCCUCUUAUGGAAAAGAGUCGUCCAUUCCAUCGUGGCUCGACUGCAAGAGCACUUCUGCUAUUCCCCCAUCUGAAAAAGAAAAGGAGACAGUGGAAUACAACACAGGCGCCAGAUUUCCUUCAGUAGCAGAUCAAUCUGAAGCCGUCUCCUCUUCUUUAUCGUCAGAAAAAGAUUCUUUUAAAAGCCCAGCUGAGACCACAAAGCCCCAGACUCACUCCUCAAUGCAGGAUUUUAACGUUGGCAAACCUGGUUCCACAAGCUUCGGUGAGAAAGGAGCAUGUUUGGAGGUUGAUAUGCGAAAACUAACAGCAAGAGAUGAGGAGGACUAUGAUGAUGAUGUAGUUGAUGAAGAUGAUGAGGAGGAAGACGAAGAAGAUGAAGAAGACGAGGAGGAUGAAGGUGCUAUUGACUCUGAUGUGGAGAAAGGCGCCAAAGAGAAAUCUGAGAAGGAAGCGAAAAGUCCCAUCAGUGAAAUGUUUGGCUCCAAAAGGCCUGAAUUCAUGGUUUCUAUGGCUGGAUAUGGUUACAACAGUCAGGGGAAGCCGAGCGUGACGGACAGCAGCUCCAGCUCGAAGGAUGAAGACAAAGCUGAGUCCUCGUCCUUUAGUAGAAAACCAGCUGAUCGAGGCUCUGCAGGUUUCUCUGGCUACUCCUCAGGGUUUGAAUACUCAUAUGGAGGUGGUGAGAAAGACUCCUUGUUAUCAGGUCAGACGACACACAAAGAUAAAGAGGAUUUCAUUCUGAAAUCCACAGAGGAACAUUAUUACCAGAGUGACACCUCUGAUCCUGAUUUUGAGAAACAGAAGACACCAGACCUUCUGAGUAAGAGGUCACUGGACACAAGCUUUCAAUACACAACAACAGCUGCCCCUGGGUACUCCUCCUCUUCAGCCUACAGCUACUCAUCCUCCACCUCCGGCUCACUCUCCACCAGCCGUCAGUUCGGGGAGGAGCUGGAGACCCCUGCUUCUGCAGAACCGCUGUUCGAGUACUCGUCCUUUAAAGAUGAACACUCGCCGGUCUCUGCUGGGGCCAAAGACGACUACCUGGAAGUGUCUGAGAAACAAAUCACAGCCACAACCACGGCUGAGUCCACCUCCAGUUUAGCUCGGUUCCCCCCCCUCAGCCCGUUCGAGGACGUCAAACCUUUCCACACACUCUCGUCCACUGGCUUUGCUGAGGACAAGAAGGAGCACACAACCUCAUUGGGUGGGAUUAUGGACAAAGCUCCUCAAUCUGACUGUUUCUAUAAACCUGAAUGGUCUGAAGGGUCCAAGCUGGACACAGCUGGUGGGUUCGGGGCCUCAGCAGCGCCGUUCUCUCAACAGGAGCUCUCCAAGAACAAAGAGGCAGCGAGUGCUGCUCUGUUUGGUGUCACUUCCUCACCACGCCCAGACAAGGAGGGCAAACAUUACUUUGAGGAGACCGACAGCAGUGAAGAAGAGGAUGAGGAGGCUUACAUCCGUGAGAUGACUCUGAGGUCUCCCUCUAGUGGCCUGACCGGUGGUCUCUCAUUUCCUGAUAAGUCUGUUGCUCCAGCUGCUGCUAAUAAGACAGUUGGUGAACUCCCUGAUGUUCUUGGCUCCUACAUGGCUUCACCUCUCCAGGCAAGCAAACCAGACACAGCCAACGGCCCCACCGAGGUCACCUCAAGCUCCACCCUCCCGGCUGGAGCAGCAGCCAGCGGUGCAGCUCCAGGCGCGGUCAGGGUAGAGUCCAGGGAGGCAGGUUACAGGAGCUCCUACGAGUGGGAGUUGCCUAAGCCCCAGAUGGGGAUGGUCCCUGGAGACUCUCCUCCCCAUUAUCGUCAUGAUGAUGAGUUUGAAGAGGAGUGUGAGAUGGAGCCAGAGCACCCGGCCCGCCCACUCUCCCUCUCUUCCACCGACCAGCCCUUCCACUCACCUUUCUACUCCGAGGAGUGCAGCCGAGGAGGCCAGGACGACGACGAUGACAGCGAUCAGGAUUCUGCUGGUGAUGCACCGAUGGGAGCCACCUCCUCUUACACUAGCCGUACCUCACCGGGAUAUUCCUCCUCCGAGUACAGGCAGCGCAAAGAGGACCUCUCGCCUUCCUUCAUCAACCCCAGUAUGAGACGGUUAUCCAGCAAUGAGGACGAUGAGGAGGAAGAAGGUAAAAGCGACCAAUCCCAGGAGGGCAAUGACCAUGACCUGUCAGUCAAGAGACGGGCUCACAAACAGCCUCACCAUCACCAGGCUGGUGGCCUGUCCUCAGGACUGGGUCUGGCCACAGAGGACACACCGCCCACCUCCGUCAGUGAGUCUCUGGGUUCUCAGUCCGACUCUGAAGUGCCUCCAGGCACCGAGGAAUACCCCUCGGCCCCUGGUGAAGGCAACAUGGACUCAGACGAGGACGCAGACUACAUGCCCAUUGAUAAAUUAUCUGCCACCGGAGGAGGCAGCCAUCAGUCCUCCAGGAGGAGCCACGACCCUCCUCCUGCACCCAUCAUGGACCCUUCUCCUCAUCCCCCACACCCAGACGUCUGCAUGGUGGAUCCUGACUCUUUGGAUAAUGGCUCAGUCAAGAAGGAGCCAAAAGCAAAGGGAUUGAAAAAAUCCUCCUCGAAAACCAAAUCAGCUUCGCCAGCUCAGCGGAAGAGGUCCCCGAUGCCGGCGAAGCAGCCAGCGUCUCCUCGCAGAGCUUCGCUGAAGAAGAAGGAGGCGGACAAGAGCUCACACAUGUCUCGUCUGUCAGAUGGACAAGGCUCCAAAGACGAUGACCUUUCUCGGUCCAGCUUCAACCCUGGCAAAGGGCAAAGUAACGGUGUCAAGACCAGUUCAGGUUCCCAGAAGUCCGGCUCUGCGGCCGCUCCUGGACUUCCCAUCUACGUAGACUUGGCCUAUAUUCCCAAUCACUGUAGCGCCAAGAACGUGGACCAAGAGUUUUUCAAACGCAUUCGCUCUGCGUACUACGUGGUGAGUGGGAACGACGCAGCCAGCGGUGAACCAGGCCGAGGGGUUCUGGACGCACUGUUGGAUGGAAAAGCUCAGUGGGGAUCGAACCUACAGGUGACGCUGAUCCCAACCCACGACACGGAGGUGACGCGUGACUGGUACCAGCAGACGCACGAGAGGCAGCAGGAGCUCAACAUCAUGGUCCUGGCCUCCAGCAGCACCGUCGUCAUGCAGGACGAAUCCUUCCCUGCCUGCAAGAUCGAGUUUUAAGAUCUUCGCUCCCUCCUCCUCCCCCCGGCCUCCCCAGUGUAGAUCUGUUUUGAAUUGCUCUUCUUUAAUCUGACAUCUGUCCCUGAUCGGCUCAAAGCAGAAACACAUCUGGAUAACUUUCUAGAUUUUGAUUUGUUUAUAAGCUUGUUGUGGCUCUCACCAUUUUCCAAAGGUACGAUCCACCGCCUCGUUACUGUUCAAUCACAUGAGAAGGAACAAUAGUGUUUCGUCUUAACUUGUGUUUUUCAGUCGCUGUGAAACAAAGGCUUCUGUUAUUAGUUCAGACAAAAUGUUCUUUGUGUCAAAAGCAGAAAAGUGUGGAACAAGCUGUAAAUUACGUCUCUAACUAUUUGCUCGUAUGUUAAUUGGCCUAAAUCGAAGCACAAGAAACAAAGCAACAAAAUGUUCUUCCACUGAAUCUCAGACGUCACAAAGCUGAUCAGCUCGAAACAUUCUGCCGAUAGAAAAUCGAUAACUAACCCGACGUUUUCUCUUCAACAGUCCCGUUGUUGAACUUUGUGCCUCGUACCGACGUAGUGAGAGAAAAUGUUUGAGUAGAUCUCAGUCGUGUCUUUGAGUAGAUUUGAUGUUGAACUAGAAACAAACAUAUUCACAAUAUAACAUUUCUACAAUUCUCUCAAAGUGAAAAUCUAAUGAAUUUCUCUGUGGUUUCUUCCUCACAGUGAAUUUGAUGAAGACGUUUCUCUCUAUACUUGUUUCUGUUUGUGUAUUUUUUUGGUGUAUUUGCAGUUAACAUAUCGUGGCUGAGGACAGUGAGAGGUUUUUAUCUUUCACUCAUAGUUGUGUCUAAAAGAUCUUUAUACAAAAGCUGUGUGAAAGGACGAAGAAUGUAUUCCAGUACAACAACACAUGUGGUGGUGAGGACUGGUUUCCUGGUGCCGAGGUUGGUUGGAUUGGUGCCGAGGUUGGUUGGAUUGGUGCCGAGGUUGGACUGUCAGCCACAUGUGCCUUUGUGUCCUGCUGUGAGGAAACGUUUAGAAACCAGACUGUGAUGAGCUGGUUUCCUCUGAUGUUGGAGCUGAACACAGGUCUUGUACAUAUUAAGUGUAAAACGACACUUUUAAAGCACCGACUCAGUAUUUCAGCCGCUGUGUUUUUCCUGGAGCUGCCACUCAAACAAGCACAAAGAUUAUCCAGCGGGUGCAAAACCAGAUUUUCAGAUUUAGCAACAUAAAAUGUGUGAUUACAGCAUCUGCAUGGAAAUUCUUGCUAUUAUAUUUUCUGUUUUUAUUUUAAGUUCUGCAAAAAAAAGUUUUUUAGCCACAAUCAUCCUGUGUUAAUCAUCAGUUUUAAUUUCAUCGGUAAAUCAGUGGAUGUUUUAAUAACACUUUAUUAAAUUGAUGUGACAUCUAGAUGUGUUUUAAUUUGAUAUUGAUGAUUUUAUAUUUUUCAGUAAUUUCGAGGAUUUUAAACCAGGAACAAAACCAAACACCGAACAAACGAUAACAAACCUCACCAGAGUUUAUGAUCCACAAUAAAAGUCCAGAUAUUCCUCUGUAUGAUAUUUUAUCUCGAGACGCAUGAACAACAGAUGCACGUACGAUCUUUAGAAAACAGACCGAUCUGAUUUGAAUGUGAAGAUGCAGAUUACCUUUACGUUCUCCGUCGAGGACUUUGAUCUCCUGGUUGCCUUGGUUACUGAGCAUCAUGUGACUGGUCCCGCCCACAGAGAGAAUCUGACGGGGACCUGAACACAUCACGACUCUGCAGAGAGAGCAGAUUAAAAGACCCAGGUUGUGUUUGUGGAUGAUGUUUGAUUUCUGAUGAACAUGGAACAGAGUGUGAUGUUGAGUAGAGGGUUCGAUUCCUGCCAAAUGAAGAAAGAGGCAUUAACGGUUUAUUGAUGAAAACAGGGUCAAUGUGUGUCUGUGCAUUAAACACUGCACCAGUAUUACAGCUGAUUAUUAUAUCAACACUUAUCAGAAGUCAAACUGCCAGACGAGAGCGACUCUCUUACGUCACCUCAUUUUAUCUGUAGACAACUUCCUGUUAUUCCGUUUUUACCAGAAACGCUUCGUAUAUUUACACAUUUUCAUCUUGUUGAAAAAGAAAAAAGUAAAGAUCCCACCAGGAGGCCGUGGUUCCAGUGAGCUCUGCUUGUACGUGCAUGUGAACCUUUGACUUCUCCUGUAAUCGCUCCAGACUUUACAUAGAAAUGCUAUUUUAAAAGAGUAUAUUCAGAAGCUGUGUGGUUGUGAGGAGGCACAUGUAACCUGGCUGUGCUGUCAAGUGAUUCCUUCAUUACUUCUCAUCUCUUGUUUUAGGUGCAAUACUCUCGUUAUCUCUUCUAAAGGUCAAAAAGAAAACUGAUUUAUUGUUACAAGGGAAAAACGUGUGAUGACCAAUAAAAACAUUUACUGAA